AUGAAUCAAGAAGUACUAGAUUUGUCCAUUAAAAAAGUAAAAAUUUCUGAUGCCGAGGUGGGAAAAGUUCCAUUAAUCACCAUUCUUUCGAUUUAUUUAAGAUGGUUCACGGUAUUGGAGUGAAUAGUAACGGCAACUACCUCGGAGUGUACAUUUCCAACGCAAGCGGGGCUUUCGUAUUGAUUUAUCGAAUCCAAGAUCUCGCAGUCAGUGACCAGGUUUUUUUUUCUCACUUCAAAAGGCUUUCUGAGCAAACACGUCCAUAAGGCGGUUCCGGCUUACAAAACGAGAGUUGGAACAGAUGUUGGCACAAAAGGACGUGCUUUCGAGUGGAAUCCAGCUUUUCCUGAUAUCUUCGCAGCGAGCGCCUCUGAUAACUCUGUCCUUGUCGUAAAGCUUGAUUUUGAUGUUGGUUAUCUCUUUAUUUAAAGUUUGAGUGCUAUUUUUCUUUCAGAAAACUUCAUUGGUCAGCAUAGUGGGGAACAAGAAAUUGGGAGCCACGGGACUUUUUAUAAGCUGGAGUCCCAAAGGAAAGCAACUUGUCGUUGGUGAUAGUUGUGGGAAAGUCGUACAACUCAAGCCAGAACUCGAGGUUUCAGUUUUUCAUUUUCGAAUUGAUAAUACAUGAAAGAGAAAGAGACCAGCAAGAAAUUUUCUUUUUCGAAAUUUCCAAGUGUUGUUUAGGUCGUCAGAUCCAUUCCGUCACCUGGUGCGACCCCCAUGGCCGUUAGCGGCUUGUGUUGGUUGUCUACAACCGAGUGGCUCGUUUCUUAUUCUUCCGACAAUCUUAAACAAGAAGCCUUUGUAAUGACAGUUAAAAAAGUUGUUCAUUAUCUCAAUGCUGCUAUCAAUCGAAGAGUUCCAGGAUAAGGCGCCUGAGUGGGCGAAACUGUCAGAUUUGGGUUUUUGCAAUCCAAAAUCGUCUCUUCAACCUGUUCUGUUUUCUUCAACCGAGCUUUUGAUCAACUGGAAUGUAAUUUUGGUUGCAAGUUCGAAGUUCGGCGAUGUUUAUCCAGUGGGAAAGUUGGCGACCGAGUGGCAGGUGAGCUAUUUUUUAAUUCGAGUAUCUGAAAAGCCAGUGUUUUGAAGGUUUGGAUUGUGGAUGAAGGCAGAGGUGUGAAUCUCCCGACGACUUCCAAUCGACAGGAAUCUUUUCCUCUCGGAAUCGCCAUCGAUCUUUCUUCACAGAAGGAAGUUUUCCUAGGUUUUCUGCUAUAUUGUAAUUUUAUCAAGAUUCUCAACUGAUUUUUUUCAGAUCCAAGUGGUCAAAAACGAUUCAAGCCCUCUCCCAUAUUACUUUCUCUCACUUCUGAUGGCGUCCUCGUGGCCUAUCAUUUCAUUUCUGAAAAUCCUGCUCACGCUUCUUGCCAAAUGUACGUUUAAGUAUCGAAAAAACUUACAGUGCAAAAAAAGAAAAGGAAAUAAAACGAUCUAAAAGUAAAAAUUAACGAGUGCUUUUAGCUUAUGGAGCGAAUUAAUGGAGGAAAGAGGGUUUCUCACUGUCAAAUUAUCUUUUCUAGUUUCCCUAUCUACUUUCAUUAUCUUUUUCAGGCAGUCACAGCCUUGUUCUUUGAAAGGUGCUGCGAAAAUUGUCGACUUUUCCGUGUCCGGUUCUGGUGAAUUUCGUUUUCAUUUUUAUUAAUAUUUCUACCUCAUUUUCAGUACCUGCUGUGAAACCUUCUACAUCUUUCGUUGGAGGUUAGUUUUCGAUGCUUAACGAAAAAAAAAAGAAUUCCAGCAAUGCCUACUGAUACAGAACCUACGAAGUCGGGAUCUUCUCUUUUUGGAGGUUCGUAUUCUGAACAUAAUUUCAAAAACAUUUUUUUGAAGGAAUGGCGGCCGGAACAGGAAUGCCAAAACCUGCUUCUCUUUUUGGAGGUUUAAAACUCCAAAUUUUUUUAUUUUAAAAACUAAAUAUCAGGUCUCACCACGAGUAAAGAAGCUUCUCAGCCCUCACCUUUACCGUUUGGAGGUUCCGUCACAUACUUUUUCAAGUGGUUCAAUUUGCUUUUUGAAUAUCAGAGGGGUCCCAAGUGAAGACUGACGCGAAGCCUUUUUCUAAUUUUUUCAGCUGUAAGUAAACUAGAGAAAUGAUACAUUUUUGUAAAAAUUUUAGCUGUUCCAAAAACCAGCGACACAACUUCUACAGCUACCGUUAAUGGUACAUUUGCUAUUUUGUUGAUAUCAGGUGCUAAAUAAUCUAGCAUCAACCUUUGCCAAACCUUCGGAACCUCUCUUCGGAGGCCUGAAGACGCUCUCGACGAAUUCUGCUUCUCCAAAAAGUCAAGAUUCAGUUGGCUUGACGUCGCUUUCUGAUCCGAAGAAGCUGGCUCAAACUUCAGCCGCUGUCAGUAUCUCCUUCAUCGACUAUCAUAACUCACAUUUUAAGACAAAACAGGAAGAAGAUGAAAAAAAGAAGUUGGCGGAAGAAGAAGCCAAGAAGCUAGCCGAACAGAGAAAAACGGCUGAACUGAAAAACACCGUCAUUUCCCGCUUUUCUACAGUUAAUAAAGAAAAUUUUUCUCUAAUCUUUUUCUUUUCAGAUUAAUCAGAAACUGAAGGACUCGUUUUCGGAUCUCGGACAGUUGUCGGUCGGUCUUUCGAAUGUUUCAUUUCUAGUUUCCAAUUGUGGUAGGCGUUUAUUUGAAAAAAUAAUCAGCCUUUUUUGUUCUUUUUCAGUGGAAUCGGUGCACUUCACCGAAGAAAAUGUCAAGGAAGCCGUGAAAGAAAUCGAUUUAUUGCUUUCUGGGAUCUGUGAAGGUGCCGUGAUUGCCAAGAAACACAUCGAAGGUUCCAAUCUUGCUCGCCAAUAGAAUAACUCUUUUUCAGAUAUCAAUACUGAAGUAAAAGAUAAGAAGAGUUUGCUCGCCGAACUCAACGACGUCGAGAUGAUUUCCAAGCGUUUGCGGGACUACGACGACGCAGAUAAAGUUGUCUUUUUCCUGAAAACGACCGAAAAUUUCAUCUUUUCAGCAAAUACGCUUCACAAAGCUCGAAACGUCCGUCGAUUCAUUGAAUGAACAGUACGCUAAGGCUCUCACUCUGCUCAAAACCCUCCAGACUGCUCAAAAGGUCCGUUGGAAAGUGUAGUCUGUUGAAAAUUUUCUACUCAAAUGGAAAAUAUCAUUCAUCUGAUCAUUUAGAACGUGUCUUCAAUGUUUUCUCCUCGGCGUAGCUCUCAAAACGCUCUGACGUACGAAGAAGAGACGACUGUUUUGAAAACGACACGCAACGUUUCCAAGAUCGUUUUGGAUGUUCGCGAGAAGCUCGAAAGAUCUGAAAGAGACCUCGCAAUUAUCAAGAAGAUGUUGUUGAAAAAGUGCGAAAUCGACUUUUUUCUUUUAUGAUUUCUUUUUUCUUUCAGGAAAGAUGUCCGCUUCACGGGGAGCCAUCCCAGAGAAGUUCCGGUAGUCAAAGUUUCAGCUUCAAGAGCUCUGGUCAACGGGUUGCUUGAAAAAGAAGAGAUUCUGGCGCUGCAGAGUAAAAUACGAGAGAAAAUUCGAGCCAGAGUUAGUUUUUAUAGUUAUAAACAUUGAGAAAUUGGUUUUGAGGAAAAAAAUCCUGUUGUUACGCGGAAAAUCGCUAGCAAUUCAUUUGCGAAGCCGGCUCCAACGACACCUCGCGCACCCUUCAAAUCUCUGGACACUUCGAAUUUGUCCAGAGCGCUUCUCAACGUUUCUUUCAUUACAAAGUUCCGCGGUUUUGAUGUUUCCCUUUUUGAGGUGAGCCUGACGCCCCGCAGAACGGCUGCGAACACGACAGCCCUUCGGAACACUUGCGACGCGGCGACGCAGGCCGAUUCUCCUCCGGUGGUGAAAGUGGAAAAAGUGGUAGUGACGGUCGCCGAAACCCCGGCGACGACUUCCUCGAGACCUUUCAACUGCCCUUUUUCCGCAAAUCACCAAAGCGAUCCCUCCGAAGAGCUUGGACUCUGAAAAAGCGACGCCUCUUUUCCCCUCGCUUUCCAAGCCAUCGCAGCCUCUGUCAAGUAUUUUUUCAAAAACAGAAACUAGUAAGUUUUUUCUCGGAAAUUUUUAAAUAAAUCUUGAUUCGAAUAAGAAUCUGAUCAUAUUUUAAUAAGAAAUACGAAAUCAAAUUUAGGAAGUUUCAAAACGUUUCAAGUUAUUUCGAGAUUUUUUAAAGAUUUUCUACCGUUUCAGCGACCGAGAUGAAGCCAGCUGUUCCAAGCUUUUUCUCGUCGACUCCUAUCGCAGAAAUUCCACUUCCGUCAAGCGAAAAGCCGAGUUCUUUGUUUGGAACCUCUGAGAAAAAAGUUGUCGAGACGCCCAUUGCUUCAAAUACGAAACCGAAGGAUGUUAUCGAGCUGCCGGAACCGGAAGUUACAGCUACCACGCCCGGUUGGUUUGCUGACGAACUCUUAAUAUAGUGCGCGUCAUAAGUAUAGGACCCCCCCCAAAUUGCAAAUUUCUAGAAGUUAGAAAGAAGUUGAGGAAAUCCUGUUUGUAUACGAUUGUUAAGUGCACGAAAAGGACUUUCUGUGCAAAAGAUCUCGGAUGAACUCGAGUCUAUACAGAAACGCGAGCGAAAUAACCGCGAAAACACGUCGCGUCAAAUUAUAGGACCCCCCCUCCAAAAAGCUCAUUUUCUUGAUUUUUCAAGUGCGAAUUUAGAGAAAUAAUCUCUACUUUUGUCUGGGCAUCAAUAUGGAUUAAAUUUAUCACAUCUACUUGUUUGAGUUGCAAAUACCUCAUCAAAUUUACCACAGUGACUGUAAACGUCAAAAAAAUGGUUUCAACUGUUAAUUGACGCUUUUCAAAAAUUAAACUCAUCACUUUCAGCUUGAAAACACUUUUCCCUACUUCUCAUCCCUUUCAAGGAUCUUCUGAAUUUUUUCCCGCCCAAGUUACUCUGUUUCCUCAUCAAAUUUCUAGAAACGACCUAUUUCUAUUGAAAAAUUUGCGAAAAAAGGGAAUGUUGCAAAAUUUCGGGGAAAUUCAUCUUGGGACAGCGUCUCAGUAGCCUCUAAAACGCGGAAUAGAGCAACUUGAACCAAUUCUCGUGAAAUAUUUUCAAUGUGCCAAGUUCUGGAAUAGUUCAAACUAGUUUAGCAGAUAAUAUUUGUCAUCAUUAAUAUGAUAAAUUGAAACUUUUUCAAAUUAUCACAAUUCAAAAAAGAAAAUCAAGAAAAUGAGCUUUUGGGAGGGGAGGGUCCUAUACUUUUGACGCGACGUGUUUUUGCGGUUAUUUCGCUCGCGUUUCCGUAUAGACUCGAGUUCAUCCGCUGACAGCAUAUCCUCAACUUCUUUCUAAAUUCUAGAAAUGUGCAAUUGAGGGGGUGGGGUCCUAUACUUAUGACGCGCACUGUAUCAAGAACUGUAUACAGAGUCCAAAGAACCUGUAGCUCUCGUGGACGAGGAGGUUUCCGCCGAGGCAUCUGGAGAAACUGAGAAAAAGCUUGUGGAAGAAAUGAAAAAAGAGGACGAGGUUCAUAAAAUAUUGAUUCAGAAGUGAAAUUCUGUUCAUCCAGGUUGUACCUGCCAUGCCUCCUUUGAAAGAAGACGAGCCGAAGAUUAUCUCUCCGCCAGUCACCACGUCUGUCCCAGCUCCAACUACUCCGUCCUUCGGAAAUGUUUUCUCAAGUUGGCAUUUUACUUUCAUUCUGCCCAUAAUUCCGUGUAAAACCUCCAUUUCGUGUAAAAUCUUCACUCCAAGUGGUCGCUCUCAUUUCGGAGUUUCCACCUACAGGACGGUCUCCAUUCUCCAGCACACCAUCUGCUAUAUUCUGAACUUGUCAAUGCGCAAUUGAAUGAACUACGUGCAGAAGAACGGGGCGAAGGACCGUAAGACCAUGAUUUCAGCUCUUUCGACUACAAGUUUCGGACUUCUAGUUCGCCAAAGGCAGUUUUUCGUUACAACUUCAAAAGUUCUUAUUCACCGCCUAGUCGAUUACAUCGGGGGAUAAAAAACAGAAUGAAUGUUUCGAUUAAUAAGUCAGUAAAAAGCGUUGGCAAUUGAAAAGCUCUCAAACUUUUGAAACAUCAUCAUGUUUACUAGCCUCUCUUAAUCGGAUACGAAGAAAAGAAAAAGGAUUUUCACAGGUGCCGGCACAACCGCGCCCAAGUCCUUGUUCGGAUCGAUGACUUCCCCCGCACCUGCCACAAACUCCAUAUUUGGUGGAGGCAUUGGUCGGGAAUUCCCCUUUCUUUUCCCUCAAAUCUCAUUUUACUUUCAGCUUCAACAACGCCUGCGAAUACUUCCAGCUCAAUUUUUGGCGGCGGUAUUUCAGGUUUGUAGUUCUCCUUCCAUCAUUUUAACUCUGGACUUUUUAGCUUCUGGAAACGCUUUUGGAUCUUUCGGACAAACGGCUUCUCCACCAGUGAACUUUUCAUUCAAAACUGGAACUGUGGAAGUUGUGAAACGUAUCAUUCUAACAGUAUAUAAAUGCUCAUUUUUCAUCUUCCAGCGGUAUCUCCUGCUGAUUUUUCAUUCAAAACGGGAACGCUCACUCAAACACCCAAAACGACCUCCAUUUUCGGCGAAGCCAAGCCAGGUUUUUUUUUCAGUUUUUUUCAUAAAGAAUUCAUUUUUUUCCUGUAGUAUCUGAAGACGUUAUGGAGGACGAUACCGCAACGGUGCAAGGUUCUUCAAAUACUGGUACCUCCAGUCUUUUCGGAGGCGGAGGUUUCAUGAGGUUGAUUUUGAGCCAAUUUUUCUUAGAAACUUUUUAAACGAUCCCGUUUUUAGUUUUGCUGCAAAAUCGCCAUGGCGCGCGCUUUCUAGUUUUUUUUUUAACUGCUGUACGAAAAAAAGCUCUAAGAUCGGGGAAAAGUCAAUCUUGCUGGUUGAAGCACUUGGAACACGGAAGUCGUUAGAUGAAAUUUUUUUAAAUUCAAACGCUGCUUUCGGGGUUGUGCUGUUUUGUACGUUUCUAGCGCUGCUGUAGAAGUAUAGGAUGUUUUGUACUGAUCUCUAGAAACGGGACUUCAUUUAUGCAAUUAUGCAGUAUGAUAGUUCGAAAGACAGAACCUUCUGCGCAGAAUAAAAAAUAACGAACUUGAAAAAAGGUGACGUAAAAGCAUUUUUGCUUUUUAUAAAAAAAAAACGUUCGCAAAUAUAAUUUUAAUUUAAAAGCACUGAACGUUGCAUAAAUCAACAAUGACACGUUCGAUAGUUUCUUCAUGAAGCUUACACGUUCGGAAAUGUUUCAGUGGACUUGGUGGAGCGAAGUCCUCAAAUCCAACUGCCAAUGUUUUCGGGAAAAUGAGUGCGGGUUCUCAGCCUUCGAACAAUAGCUGGCUUUUCGGUGGUGGUCAACAGCAGAAGCCACAGCAGCAACCUCAGGUAAGAGUCCUGGAACACUUUUAUCGACGUUAUUUUCUCAAGAGUUCUUUUGGUUCUUUCGGUGCCGCAGCUAAUCAAUCUCAGCCGCAGACGUCUUCGGUAGCCUUUCCUCUUCUCGAUAUGUUCCAUGUUCAAUUUUUGAGGUCUUUGGUUCGAGUCCGCAGUUUGGAGCCGCUUCCAAAUUUGGCGCAGCUCCUGCGUUUGGCGCCAAGCCAGUCUUUGGCAGUUCCGUCGCCCAAGGCCAACAGUCGGUGUUCGGCGGCGGCGUCAAGGAGGCUGGAACCGCCGGAUCCGGAUUCGCGCAGUGAGUUUUUUGUGCUCACAGAUUUUCGCUAGUAAAAAAGUGAUGAUUUUCGAGCAUUUGAGUUAAAAAAAACCUUUUUAUAUAAACAUACAUUUACGAUCAAAUUUAUGUUUUUCUAAUGUUUUUCGUCCUUUUCACACCACAAAAACGCAUGUCAAGCAAUAUAUCUCCUUUCCACUCAAACAACUCUUAUUGUUCUUAUUAGUUGACUUAUUUUUUUUCAAAACAAAAAGAAACACUUGUUUUUGUGGCUUCUAGAAAUGUUUAAUGUGGCGAGUUUUUUUUAACUUAAAUAAGUGCGAAAAAAACGGGCUUGCCUCGUUUUUUUGGAAAGCCCGUUUUUUUCCUGUUUCCUGUGACUUUUCUACAAUGUCUCGUAUUGAUGUCACAUUUCCUUUUACGUUUUGAGGCGUGGCGAACCAAUCAGAAACAGAACUCCCAAACAAACAUUUUACGAACUGUAGCAGUAAAUGUAUAGAGAUUCCAAAGAGUUAUGGAGCGCUAGCAUUUUUGUAUAUAUUUUUUCGUUCUUAGAUUUGCUGGCAAUUCUCAGUCUUCAUCGAUCUUCGGAGGCGGUGUCAGUCAACAGACGACGGGGACGAGCAACAUUUUUGGAGGAGGAUCUGGCACCACGGAUCCUUCCAAAUCGAGCGUUUUCGGCGGCGGCGCAAAGAGGUUUCUUUUUUGGAAAAAAGGCAACAAGUUCACUCAAACUGAUUUUCAGCUCGUUCACGUCUUGGAGAUAG